GUGUGUCUGCGAACGAAGAGAGCGUACGUUUCAGACACCGUGUAGGUUACACAACAUAACUUAACGGAGAAUACAAUUCUGCAAAAUCAUAAAUUGACACGACUUAAGAGUCUGACACGUGUUUGCUCGCCAGUUCGGAGAGAGAGCCUGGAACCAUGAAAAAAUCGAGCCCGGCAAAGCAGCAACUACCACCAGCUGAAGUCGCGGUGCCAGGGGACGAGGUUACCGUGCAACAACUAAACGAGCUUUUGUCAAACAGCAGCGGAUUUUACAGUUUACCAACACAGCAUUUCAACGAGGUCUUCCCUAGAAUAUACGUUGGUAACGCGUUCGUGGGCCAGAAUCUGAUGCGUCUGCAGAAGCUGGGCGUGACCCACAUCCUGAAUGCGGCGGAAGGCAACUCCUUUAUGCACGUCAACACCAAUGCAGAUUUUUACGCUGGCUCGGGCAUCACCUACCAUGGCAUCCAGGCCAAUGACAAGCCGCAGUUCAACCUCAGUAACUUUUUUGAGGAGGGGGCGGACUUUAUUGAGAAGGCUCUGGCACACAACAAUGGCAAAGGGAAGGUGUAUGUCCACUGCCGAGAGGGCUACAGCCGCUCGCCCACCAUUGUGAUCGCUUACCUCAUGCUGCGCCACAAGCUGGACGUCCGGGUGGCGGUCGCCACAGUGAGGCUCAAGAGAGCGAUCGGCCCCAAUGACGGCUUUCUGCGCCAGCUGUGUCAACUCAACGAGACGCUGGCGAAAGAGGGCAAGUUGAAUGAGGUGAUGCCAGUCAAGGUGGCCAAGUUGAAGACCAAAUAAGAGAGCGUGACUUAACGCCUUUGAAAGGCCUGUGCUUCCCUAAGAGCCAACCGGACUCAAUCCACCCCGGUCAGCAACACAUCAUUCAGACACACAUGCACACACGUACAUCCACAACCUGUAACAUGCAUGCAUAUACAUAUAGUGCUGUGAAAGUAUUUGCCCCCUUUCUAAUUUUCUCAACUUUUGUUUAUUUUAUUUUUUUAUACGGAAUGUUAGCAGAGCUUCAACCUAAGAUUAGAUAAAGGGAACCGGAGUGAACAAAGUUAUACAACACCCAAUGCCCCUGUUUGGGGGGAAAAGUAAUUGCCCCCUUUCCGCCUAGGACUUACCCUCUGCAGGUACUGCCUGCUCGGGCUUACCUUCCGUGACUUACCAAAUAUCCUAAAUCUACGAUCGGUCGUGAUACAAUGAGACUACUGAAUAAGCUCAGGCUUUCUAGGUCCGACUCCUAUAAUUGGUUCAGCCUAUGACUCAUCUCCACAAGAUGUCAGAAUGAGUGACAACGGGUAUAGGAACUGUGCCUACCUUGUUUUUGGUGCCGGCUCCUGAUUCACUGAUUUCACGGACUCUCUAUUUAGACUGUACAUUAAGGUUGACCCUGCUUGCAGCGCCAGCUGUUAGGCUCUACAAUAGAGUAAAGCUCACAGAUGACUAGUAAAGCUCAAACCAAGUUUAUUCACCCACUGGGUCACACAGCUGCAUAAGACGGUAGUGUUUCCUCCAGCACAAGUAUUUCUAUCCUCCCCUUUAGGACGGAGUCUCCUUUUCCCUAAACAUCGUUGUUGGGCGGGAAAGUAAGUGAUCUGGGUAAUAAACGGUUCCUUCUCACUUCAUGUGACCUGACCUUGGCCCCCAUUUUCCCUCUAAUCCACAGCUAGCCACCCUUAUCAGUGACCGCAACUAUGCGAUUGCCUUUUCCCUCACUUAGUAACAUUCCAAGCUCCUGGCUCUUAUCCAACCUCCAUUGACCCUACCAUGUCCAUUCCUCCUACAUAUACCCAUUAACUUCUGGCGUAGCUUUAACAGACGGAUGACCUGACGUUCUCCUGUAGAACCUCAUGCCAACGGGUGAAGCGUGGCGGUGGUAAUGUGAUGGUUUAGGGAUGCUUUGCUGCCUCAGGACCUGGACGACUUGCCUUUUUUUUUUUUAAAUAGAGGGAACCAUGAUUUCUACUUGAAUGUCAGGCCAGCCGGUCUGUAAGCUGAAGCACAGCUGGGUCAAGCAACAAGACCAUGAUCCAAAACGCACAAAGUGUCUAAAAAGCGGCAUCUAAACUUUAGGAAUGAAUGGCCUAGCCAACGUCCACACCUAAUCCCAAUUUGAGACGACGUGACAGGACUUGAAAUGAGCAAUUCAUGCUUGAACUCCCAAAUGUCUCUGAGUUAAGGCAGUUCUGCAUGCAAGAGUGGGUCAAAAUUCCUCCACAGCGAUAUGAGAGACUGAUCAACAACUACAGGAAGCAUUUGGUUGCGCACAUACGCUAUAGGUGGCACAAUCAGUUAUUGAGUGUAAGGGAAUUUUUUUUUUUUUAACAUUUAAAAAAAAAAAUUGUAUAAUUUAUUAGUAUACUCACGUAUUAGGUUUUGAAGAUCUGAUAACGUUCUGUAUCAAAAAUAGGCAAACGUUUUGAAAAUCAAAAAGGGGUUUUCACGGCACUACAUGCAUGCAUGUUGACAGUCACACACACUAACUCUCUCUCUGACACAAACUGUAUCUGUCACGCUUCUGUCCUCUCUGCCGGUAUCCUUGGGUACAUCUGUCCCAACAGCGGGGGAGUUAUGUUAGGCAGAGGAGAGAUGGAAGCCUUCUAACCAUGGCUCAGUGAUUUAACGUAUAUUCUGCUAGUACAUACAGCCCCAAAGUUCUCCUAGUGUGAGGUUUUGACCUGACCAAUGAAGCAUUCCCUAGACCAUAGGUUUAGAACACUGGACAGCUCUCCCUGUGUGCCACUUUUGGAGCUCUGAGGUACAAAUAAUAGAUUAUAGCACAAUAUUUUCAUAGUAUCCCACUGCCAGGGCUGUCUGACUACAAUGAUGUCAUGACACCAACAAAAUGAUCCCUGACCAGUCUGGAAUGUUUUGACAUUUGGUCUAGUCCAGUGGUUCACAAACCUUUUAUAGUCCCGUACCCCUUCAAAUGUUCAACCUCCAGCUGCGUACCCCCUCUAGCACCAGGGUCAGCGCACUCUCAAAUGUAGUUUUUUUGUUGUUGCCAUCAUUGUAAGCCUGCCACACACUAUACGAUUUAUUAAACACAAGAAUGAGUGAGUUUUUGUCACAACUCGACUCGUGGGAAGUGACAAAGCUCUUAAAGGACCAGGGCAAUAAUAAUAAUUAAUAAUAAUAAUUUUGCUCUUUAACAUCUUACAUAUAAAACCAUUUUUUAUUGUAUUUAUUUAUUUUAAUGUUACCCCUUUUUCUCCCCAUUUCGUGGUAUCCAAUUGUUUAGAAUCUACUAUCUAUUAUAAAACCAUAUUUGUUCAUUGAAAAUUGUGAAUAACUCACCACAGGUUAAUGAGAAGGGUGUGCUUGAAAGGAUGCACUUAACUCUGCAAUGUUGGGUUGUAUUGGAGAGAGUCUGUCUUAAAUCCUUUUCCACACAGUCUGUAUUUAGUUUUCAUGCUAGUAAGGGCUGAGAAUACACUCUCACAUAGGUACGUGGUUGCAUAGGGCAUCAGUGUCUUAACAGUGUGAUUUGCCAAGGCAGGAUACUCUGAGCGCAGCCCAAUCUAGAAAUCUGGCAGUGGCUUCUGAUUUUAAAUUACAUUUUCACAACCACUUGUUGCAAUUUUGAGGCUCUCUUGUUCAGAUAUCUGUAAGUGGACUGGAGGCAGGGCAUGAAAGGGAUAAACUGGAUUCGAUAUCAGUUUCGGGAAAGUACCUGCGUAAAUGAGCACCCAACUGAGGUGCUUUGCUAUAUCACAUUUGACAUUGUCCGUAGCUUGAGUUCAUUUGCACACAGAAAAUCAUACAAUGAUGUAAAGACCUGUGUGUUGUCCUUGUUAAUGCAGACAGAGAAGAGCUCCAACUUCUUAAUCAUGGCCUUGAUUUUUGUCCCACACAUUGAAUAAAGUUGCGGAGUGUCCCUGUAAUCCUAGAUUGAGGCGAGGGGGUGGGGGAAUCGUCCAGAUAGGCCAGUCUUGAGAAACUUGUCAUCAUGCAAGCGGUCAGACAAGUGAAAAUUAUGGUCAGUUAAUUUUAAGCUCUUCUCUCAAUUUAAAAAAAAAUGUGUCAAUACUUUGCCCCUGAUAACCAGCACACUUCUGUAUGUUGUAAAAGUGUAACAUGGUCGCUACCCAUAUCAUUGCAUAGUGCAGAAAAUACACGAGAGUUCAGGGUCCUUGCUUUAACAAAGUUAGCCAUUUUCACUGUAGUGUCCAAAACGUCUUUCAAGAUGUCAGGCAUUCCUUUAGCAGCAAGAGCCUCUUGGUGGAUGCUGCAGUGAACCCAAGUGGCGUCAGGAGCAACUGCUUGCACACGCGUUACCACUCCACUAUGUCUCCCUGUCUUGGUUUUUGCGCCAUCCGUACAGAUACCAACACAUCUUUACCACACGUCCAUUUGAUGUAACAAAACUGUCCAGUACUUAAAAAAUAUCCUCUCCUGUUGUCCUGGUUUCCAGUGGUUUGCAGAAGAGGAUGUCUUCUUUAAUUGACCCCCCCCCCCCCAUAAAUGUAACAGACUUAUACCAGGAGCUGUGCCAGGCCUGCCACAUCUGACUCAUCCAGCUGUAACUCACAGAAUUUACUGGCUUGUAUGCGAAGCAGCAAUUGUUUCAAAACAUCUCCUGCCAUGUCACUGAUGCGUCGUGAAACAGUGUUUGAUGAAGGCAUUGACUGUAUAGUUCUUUGGGGGGGCCUUUUCCCCAGCAUUAUCCCAGCCAUAUCCGUGGCAGCAGGAAGAAUUAAGUCCUCCACAAUAGUAUGGGGCUUGCCUGUCCCAGCCACUCAGUAGCUCACCAUAUAGGACGCUUCUAGCCCCUUCUUAUUAAUGGUAUAUGUUGCUUUUUAUACAUGUCUUACUACUCAAGUCAUCUUAAUUCUUGCUCCAAAAACUCCUGUAGCUUACUUUUAAAAUUGGCAUGUUUUUUUUGUUUCUAAAUGUCUGCGCAAGAGUAAAGGUUUCAUUGAGUUGUGAGAGUACUUUUGCACAUAUAACACACUGUCUGAGGAAAGGCACUACUCCCAAUAUUAGUGAACCCCAAAUCAAUGUAGUUCUCAUCGAUGGUCCAACAUCCCUGUCUGUUCGGUGCUUUCCCGGAGAAGGGGGCAGUAGCUCUUCGGCUGCAUCAGAAUUACAACUGUCAGUGUCCAUGCUAGCUGGACUACAACAUGUAGAAUUAUUGAUGCUAGCUUUGGAUUUGCUCGUGGAAGCAGAACAACUUGUGUUGUCGACAGGUGCAGGUGUAGUACUGCUGGAAGUAGCAGUACUACCAGUAGAGCUGGUAUGUGUCUCUAUGGACACUGGUCUUUACAUUUAUUUUUUUACCCCCUUUUCUCCCCAAUUUCGUGGUAUCCAAUUGUUAGUAGUUACUAUAUUGUCUCAUUGCUACAACUCCCGUACGGGCUCGGGAGAGAAUUGGAAUUCCCUCAACGGUUAAUUAUUUGACUAGGCUACCUGUAUUUGACUUUGUUAUUUCGGUGGUUUAAUUAGAUUUUUAUGGCUGCGUUGGAAAAUAUAAAUAUACUUUUUUAAUGUGAAUCACAUUUUUAUUUGGCGUACCCUCGACGGCAUUACGCGUACGUACCUCUGGGGGUACAUGUACCCCAGUUUGGGAAUACCUGGUCUAGACUUCCUGAUUGCACAAAAAAAAAAAAAAUCUGAAUGGUGACAUUUGCGCGAAAGGUUUUCUAUCGCUCAUUUGCAUGUCACGUCAAUGAUAUCAUGUCACGGUGUGGGACUGUGGGUCAAUUAACCUUAUCGGAGUGGGCGCCCUCAUGCUAGUUUGUGAGCUAGGCAGGCUACAGCCUGGGAAGGUCUCCCACUCAGAAGUACGAGUUGGGGCGAGGUAGGUUGACCUUAGGUCUCUCCACUGGAAGCCUGAGGUAGGGCGAGCGGGGGAAUCUAUCAAAUAGCGCACCUCUAACUUUGUACAGUACUAAUGCAAUUAGUUGUGCAAUUUAGUUUGUGUUUCUUGUUUGAAGUGCAAUAGUGUAAUAAUCAGGUUAUCUUCUUUAUAAGUGUGUUAUUCUAUUUGUGUGAUACAGGAUUUGUGCAAUUUAGUUUUAUUUGUGUUUUUUGUUAGCAAAACACCUGAAACCCCACCUCCUUUAAGGAAUACCUAGGAUAGGAUAAAGUAAUCCUUCUCACCCCCCCCCCCCCCCUUAAAAGAUUUAGAUGCACUAUUGUAAAGUGGCUGCUCCACUGGAUGUCAUAAGGUGAACGCACCAAUUUGUAAGUCGCUCUGGAUAAGAGCGUCUGCUAAAUGACUUAAAUGUAAAUGUAAAUGAUUGGGUGUGACAGCGAAGCACCUUGCCAUCACACCAGGAAGGGACAAAUUUAGUGUUGGUUGAUAUUUGGUAUAUCAACAAAUCAUUCCAUAGAGACCUGAAUGGUCUGGUAUCAGACCAUGGUAUCAGCUAAAGGAAUACGCACUUACUGUGCCAGAGUUACCGCCUAUUAAUUCCAUAGUACACAUCCGUUCUGUCCGUCCCAUAGAUCUACAUUUCCGCUGUCGAUCAACGUCACUCACAGAAAUUCCAAUUGGCCCUUACAUGUUCACUGCCUUGCACCAAAAUAUGUGUAUGCUAAUGUUAUGCCUCUUUUGGCUUAAAUAUCUCAAUGCCCUACCAUCCUAUUAAAGUAUAUUGUAUGAUCGAAUCCAAGAUAUAAACGUCACCCCUCAGAUAUCCGGUGUUGCCUUUUGACUUGACGUCAUCUUAAAAAGUGAAAGACAGACAUUGGAUCAAGACAUCGAGUCCUAAUGACCAGCAUCACUCCAUUUUGGACAUGAUGCACUAAAGAGGGUUCUAGAACCGUUUUGUUCACCCUGUUCGUCCCAUAUGUCAAAUCGGAUAACGCUCACCAUAGAGGGCUACUGACUUAUUGGUGCGUCCACGGAUGGAAGGAAUAGAAGUGGGAUUAGUUCUAGGUUGCGUCAUCUCACACAGCACUAUCUAUUCCUCCUUUUUUUAAUAUAAAUAUGAAUCAUGUAUAUACAUAUUUAAGCAAUGUGUCUAUAAUGUGUAGGUAUCAUUUAGUACAUGUGUUUAAUUGUUAUACUGUAUCAUUACUGUAGCUCUAUAAAUGAAUUUCCCCAUAAAUUCAACAUUUACACACUUAGUUUCUGUCCAAUGUUGGAUCACUCAAUCCUCCCACCACUAACUCCUCUACAUUUCCCUUAUAUUCCAAUAUCUGUAUUUUAAGAUGCUUUCGUGCGAUUUUCUAUCUGUUUUGUUGAGGAUAUAAAGAUGGAGUGAUUUUGUAGAUCUAUUUUGAUUAGUAUCGAUUCUGUGACUCCCAUGGUGCUAACUAAUAGGAUGUUCUCUAACUCUGAUGCUCUGACCCCAAGUUGCCUCGUAACACCAACCAUCAUUCACGCAUCACACACUACCAUUCAUAACCACCAUCACGCCAACACCACAAACUUUUUGUUUUUCCCUAAUGAAUCCAUUUUAAAACAAAGUGAUAGUCCAGACAUGUCUAACAUUCCUGUAUGAUCUGAAGACCUAGGAUUUAUACAACCUAACCUACUGUAGUUACUGAGACCCUUUUUGCCAUCAACACAAACAUACAGUGUGCCAAGAUGUUCUGUUCCAAGCAACCUACAGAAGCUGGUUACAAUGUAAAUGACUGGCUUGGUAACGUGAAAGGAGUGUUGUCUAUCUUGUUCUAAUAGGCCUCUUUCUAUCAGGUCCAUACGUCUGUUUUCCUACUGAACAACGAUGGGCACUACAAUGGACACAUCUAAUAGUGUCUAUUGUAGAGCCUACCAUUUUUUUCCCAAACCGUAUUGAUUACCAUUUUUAAAGGUUCAGUUAUUCAACCCAUUGGGAGAAUUUCUGGCUAUUGGUCUAAGAUGAGGGUAAAAAAAAAAAAAAAAAAAUCAGCAUUAACUGCCUGCCUACAGUUUACAGAUUGAGUACCCAUUUUUACCACAAAUUAGGUAAAAUGGUUAACUUUAUAACAAACAAGGGGUUGUAAAAAUACAUUGAACCAGCUCCAAAGGUCAGCAUCAAACACACCCUUCUGUUAGUGUUGAAGGAUAAACACUGCCCCCUGCUGUUUAAAAUGAUUCCAGUGUUUUUUUGCACAAUUUAUUCAGUUAUUGAAUGCCAUUAAGCUGACACUUUUUUAUUUAUUUGCAAAUUAUCAUUAGUCCUGGUUUUCUGUCUAUUAUACAGUUGUACAUGUUGUGAAACAUGGACUGACCUGGGAGUAUUUUUCUUGUCUGUUUUGAAUAACGUGUGCCAUUAAAUGUAAUUUAUGUGCUGUAUAUUCACUCUUGAAUAUAAUAUACAAUUGAAAGAUUAAUGUAACAUCUCUGUGCUUAUGGUUUUGCUAUGUGAUGUGUUAAGAAUGUGAUAUUACUCUACUGUAUUUUACGAUAUGAGAGAGAUCUAAGUUACAGUAAUUGCGCUCUGGCUAUUGUGAGUCACUGUAUUUUACAAUCACAAAAGGUAUUUAAUCAGCCCUAUAGUAAUAUAUCAUUGUGUACCAGUAUGCUGUUUCUAGUUAUUUCUCUGUACUAAUAAAUGCUGCUGUUUUUAUUAUUCUUAAACACUUCAUAUUCCAGCA